UCUUGACUCUUUGAGUCAGAAGAAGCAGGAGUUAGAAAGUAAAGUCAGGUCUCUGAGUGAUGAACUAAACAUGGACGCUUCUAAACGAGUUUGUUUUUUCAUGCCCAAUGAGGAGAAGAGCUGGUCUGAGAGCAGACAGUACUGCAGGGAUCGUGGAGCUGAUCUGGUCAUCAUCAACACUGAAGAGAAGCAGAGAUUCAUAUCUUCAUUCAUCAAGGAGAGAGUGUGGAUCGGUUUGUCUGACACAGAGCAGGAAGGCAACAUGAAAUGGGUGGAUAAUACAGCAAUGAAGCAAGGGUUUUGGCUUAAAGGUGAGCCAAAUAAUCAAGAUGGAAAUGAGGACUGUAUUGAACUGAUACCUUCACAUCCCGUCCUGAACAACUGGAAUGAUCUGCCAUGUUCACAAAAGAAAAAAGUGUUUUGUGAGAAAUAGCAUAUCAACCCUUUUUGUGGUUUUGGUGUGAAGUUGAUAUUCAUUUACAAGGAAAAUAUAA